AUGGAAUUAUUAAAUGACCCAUAGAACGAUCGUAAAGUCAAGAAUGUUAAACCUCCUCCUCAUAGACCUCUUUCCAAGGAGUUGAUGUGGGGAAAAAAUGGGAAGCCCGAUUGGAAACUGAUUCGAGAUCAUUUGUAGAAAGAAGGAAGAGUAAGUAAAGAAAAUCUUAUAAAGUUAAUUGAUGACUGCAACAGAAUAUUAAAAAAUGAACCAAACUUGAUUGUCUUGCAAGAUCCCCUUACAGUCGUUGGAGAUAUUCAUGGGCAAUUUUAUGAUCUUCUUAAAAUUCUCGAAGUUGGAGGAAGUCCUGAAAAUACAAAAUAUCUCUUCUUAGGAGAUUUUGUUGAUAGAGGAUCAUUCUCAAUAGAAGUCCUCAUCCUACUCUAUUCAAUAAAAAUAAAUUUCCCAGAAACCGUUUAUUUCUUAAGAGGUAAUCAUGAAUGCAGAUAGAUGACUACCUUCUUUAACUUUAGAGAUGAAUGUAAGUACAAAUUUGAUUAAGAAUUAUAUGAAAUUGUAAUGGAUUCCUUUGACUUAAUGCCUUUAUCGUGUAUUAUAAACGGCAAAUUCUUAGCCCUUCAUGGUGGAAUUUCUCCUGAACUUAAAGCACUUGAUGAUAUUAAGAGAGUAGAUAGAUUUAAAGAGCCUCCAAGAUAAGGAAUUUUCUGCGAUUUGCUCUGGAGUGACCCAGUUGAUAAUGAUGACGGUUUAUGCGAAACCCCUUAUAGAGUAAAUGAUGUUAGAGGAUGUUCAUAUUUUUAUGGUAAUGAUGCAGUCCGUAAAUUUUUAGAUGAUAACUAGUUAAUUUCAGUGAUAAGAGCACAUGAAGCCUAAAUAGAUGGAUAUAAAAUGCAUAGAUGGAAUGGAAGCGAAUUUCCUGUAGUAAUAACAAUUUUUAGUGCUCCAAAUUAUUGCGAUGUUUAUAACAAUAAAGGUGCUGUAAUUAAGUUUGAAAAUAACACUUUAAAUAUUUAAUAAUACAAUUAUACAUAACAUCCUUAUUUGCUCCCACACUUCAUGGAUAUUUUUACUUGGAGUAUUCCAUUUGUCUCAGAAAAAAUUUCUGAAAUGCUUUAUCAUGUAAUUAAGCCAAGUGGGGAAGAUUUCUCUGAUGACGAUGAUCUCGAUGAAAAUGACCAUAAAUAAAUCUUAAAGGUGACUGGUAGUAAUGUUUUAGGCUCUCAAACAAGUAUUGGUACUGACUCUUAAAAUAAGCUCUCAGAAAAAGCUUAAAUAUUAAGGAAUAAAAUAAAAUUUGUUUCUAAAAUGGUAAAACUCUAAAAGACACUAAGAGAAGAAAGCGAAACAAUCCUUUAACUUAAGGGUUAAUGUCCAGAUAAGAGAAUACCUAAAGGCCUCCUAUCAUCAGGAGUAAGUGCUAUAAAAGACACUUUAGAAUAAUUUAAAACAGCAUAAAAAGCAGACAGGGUGAAUGAUAAAAGGCCAGAAUUCGGCCCUUAUGUUAAGUAUAAAGAAUCUAUGAAGCCUUUAAAAUGA